AUGCUUCGCACACUCUGCUACCGCAUCAGCAUAACUCUCCUCAACAUCUUCUUCCCACCUCUUGCCGUGGGAUUUCUCGACAACUUCAGCACAGAUUGCCUCGUCAAUAGCAUUCUCUUCGUCUGCGGUGUGUUGCCUUCCCACAUUCACGGCUUUUACGUUAGUUGCGUCUUCUUCUCGCGAAGGCACAGGGUGCGACGCGGUGUUUAUCCUGGUGGAAACAAACCGUUCAUCUAUACAGACACCAUCUUGAACGGAGGAGUGAGCAAUUCCGAGGUGAGAAGAUUGGCAGAAGGAGACGGGACGAGAAGAAAAAAAGCCAAAAGCCCGAAAGGCUAA